AUGUCCUCCCUCUUCUGUUCCCCUUCUCCUCAACCAUCAUCCACCAACAACCUCCACAACCAACUCCUAGAGUUGGAGAGGAAGCGACGCGGCCUCAAGCUCAAGAAGAGCAAACUACAAGACCGAAUCAAGGUCAUAGACACGUUGAUAGCCGACAAUAUCAACGACGCCCGCGUCAAGAUGAAGGAUCUUGACGCCAGCUUGGCCGCCGAGCAGGCGGUCAAGCCAUUCCAAACCGUCCUCGACCACCUCAACGGCAACGACGAGGUGGUCGAGGGACUUUGCCGCCAGAUGCAGGGCGACGCGGCGUUGAGGAUUGCCGUCCACGCCAUUGCCAAUGGCCGUGGUACCGCUGACCACAAGAUGAGAGUGGCGGCGGCUGUGAUGACUGAGUUGGCUGGAGAUGCCACUCAGCUCAUCCAAAACAUUGCGACAAGAGCACAGCAGCGCGUCAACAGUGACGUCAACGGCGGCGACGACGACGAUGAGAAUGUCGACGUCGACCAUGGCUCUCAAAACCUCGACAUCAUGUCAAUGUCCGAUGACAACCCGACGUUCCUCCACGAGCGAGUCAUCAGACAACCCUCGCUUCCAGACGCGAUGUCUUCUCACCGUCACCUCACCUCUGCCGGCUCUCCCAACGUCAAAAGCGAGGAGGACAGCACCAGUCAUCAGCCGACUCCAAUCCGAGCAACUCCAAGCAUGUACGCAGCUCAAGCCAACCUCACCGUCAACAAUGACAACAAUGACACAAACACACCCUCAUCCUCACCUGCCAACGUCAACCCAGCCCGCCAAUACAGCUCUGCAAACAUGUUUGCUCAACCUUCGAUUGCUACCGCAGCAAUGUACGCGUCGGCAUCUAGCACUACUCCCGUAGCCGCUCCCACUGCCACUGCCGCUGCUCCUACAGGUACAGCAGCGAGACUUGCAGCAGGAGAAGGAGCAAGAACUGGAGUGACCUCGAUGUUGUCGUCUAGAACUGCGCGCACCAACACAUCACAAACACAAGCUUCUGUCCAACCACCGGCCAGUACUCGAGCAGGACCUCCGCAAGCAGCAGGAUCACCAGCACGGUUCCAAAUCCCAGACACCGCUUCCAGAAUGCUUCGUCUUGAGAGCGCAUUCCCGGGUCUUCUUGAAAGUAUCAACCGUCCUCGUCCACCACCACCUGCACCGAAGAGACCUGCACCGCCUCCCGGUCCUACUCCACAACCUCCGGAGCGGCCAGUCACACCAGCUCGACCCAUCAAGCGAAACAAAACAAGUAAAGAAGCGAUCCUGCAGCCGGCCUUUGUCGAAUUCCUCGUCAAACUUCAGAACCUCCACCAGAGCGGCAAGUCGAUUGCCCGUGUGCUCCGUUGCUGCAAGUGCCAGAACGCACGUCGUGACGUCCGUGUCCUGUCCUGCCUCCACCUGUACUGCCACAAGUGCAUCAUCACGCUGCGCAACGACGCCUCGGCCGGCGACGCGCUCACGGGCUUCAAGGCCGCCUGCUCCGUCAGCGACUGCAAGGGCGCCGUGAGCGGCAAGACGUCCGUGAUUGACGGCGACAUUGUCGACUUCCUCAAUUGGUACGACACCCAGGACGCCGCGGUCGGAACCUUUGCGUCACAGAUACAGGUCAUGAAACUCGCACUCCAAAAGACCCCCGACGAUGACGACGUUCGUGCCAAAAAGAUUGCUGUCGAGAGAGACGUCAACGAUGCCAAGAGAAAAGGAGAGAUCGAUACACCUGUCGACUUGAUCAAGCUUGUGAGGCUGAUUAGAAAGCCUUUUUGA